CUCAGUUCACACAUUCUGGCUAGAAGCAUGCGGCAAGGCUGCUGGAGCGCUGGCUGAGCGCACCCGGGUAGAGGAGGAAGCUGCAUGGUGGCAGUGAGAGAAGGGGGUGAGGCAUCCAUUGCCAAGCUGGGCUCACCAUCUCCGAGUGAUGGUGGAGUAGCGGAGAUCCUCCAAGGAGAAGGGUCGUGGGAAGGAGAAGAAGAUGAGGGCAAUGUGAUGAAGGGCGUACCUGGUGUUGGCGAAGAGCUGUGGACUGUUGAAGUCUGCCGUAAGGCAACUGUGCUGCCGCGGAGGUCGUUGCAUGACGACAAGAUGGAAAGGCAUGCAGUUGCUGACGGCCGGUCAUCAAUAUGCGGCGCCAUGUGCUCCGUGCACAAAUCAUCGUAUAGUGACAUGUGCACUCGUGCGGACUUGCGCAUCAUCAUCGGUACGACGCGUGUCCUGUCGGCUGCACAUGAUCUGGGGGGGAGUGUGAUACUUGUAGUCAUGAUGGGCAAGAUGGCGUGGCCCGUGAAACGCCAAACAUGGUCUGUUACAUUUAUCACUGCUGUGUCUCUUCUCUUGAGUUUCUUUCUUCUCACUCCAAGUUUGCGAUGGCCGGUUUUCAAUGGGGGCGCAUCUUGGCAACAACCUAUAGAUAGAGAUGGGACUUCUCGGGGUAAUAGGUUCAUUCUCGCCUUUGACGAUGACGGAGCGGAUUUAGAUCACUACAGCAUAAUGCAAAUACUGAACAGAUUAGAGACGCAGAUGGCACAACUCAGAAGCGUCCUUGACGAGGAUACCAGCUCGUUGCGCAGGGUUCUGAGGAGACUGGAGGCGAUGGAGGUCGGGAACACCACGGUGAAGGGGAGGAGCUCUCUCAAGGUGUCGCGGGAAAGCCUGCGGCAGGCGGUGACAAGCAAUGCCGAUCAUUUGCGUGUUCUUUUGAAUGUGAGCGAGCGGAUUGUUUGUGUUCUGGAAGCGAAGGCAGAGAGCGGACAGUCUGGAGACAGGGGUACGACGAUGGGAUGGCGCGCUGCAGAUGCGCAAGAUGAGGACAGCUCUACUCAACUGAAACGACAGGCAUUCGAUCAACCCGAUCAGAGCAGUCCUGACACAGGUGGUCACACUGCUGCCACUGACAGUACUCCUGAUGGGCCUGUUGCCGGCAGUGGUGGUGUUGAUGAGGGUGGCGGGUCACAGCCUGUGGCGUCGUCACCUGAACUGCGUAGGGUACCGAUUUCUGAUCGCUUGUGCAACUGUUCAGCUGAUCACCUGCCAAGAACCGCAGACGAUCUGGAAGGUCGGCCUAAUCGCGACAAUCAUAGCGAAAACGACGGACAAGCUGCCCUGGUGCGGAGGGUUGCUAAAAUUUGGCAAAGUGCAUACAGCACGUGUGGAAACUGUAAUGCCACGGAAGAGGAGAAGGGGGGGGACACAAAGGAGGAGUGGCAGAGUGUGGAGGGCAAGCAGGAGGAGGAGGAGGAGGAUCAUUCAAGCACAGAGCAGAAUGAGGAGGACAGGAAGCUAGAGGAGUUCCUAUUGAAGUUUAAGCCACCGCCACACCUACAGGACUGCGCUACCGCGACUAAGGACUUCCUAGAAGCAGAUAGACGGAAGCCCAACGGGUCGCUCCCCGACUGGGCGCUUGACGAUGCCCCCAACUCGUUCCUUGAGCAACCCGGCGGCUUCCCAGAUGCCUCGGGAUCCUCUUCCACCCAUGGACCGUUCCCGCCGUGGAUCAAUGGUGCCGAUGGCGACAACUUACCGUCGACUCGCAUUGUACAGCGCGACAUCUGGGUCCAGCAGCACCCUGUCAAUUGCAGUUCGCCGGACGUCAGAUUUGCAGUUGCAGAGUGGUGGGGAGUUGGAUGGCAUGGUAUCGGGUCUCAACUGCAUGGCAUGACGGCCUUGCUAGCGUCUGCAGUUGAGGCCGGACGCGUGCUCGUGCCCUUGAACAACUAUGUUCGGGCAGAUCAAGACAAUUGCAAGGGCGAUACACGAAAGCGUCUCGACUGUUAUUUUUUCCCCCCGACCUCUUCGGAAUGUUAUACGCGCGCGAUGGCACUCCUUGCCCAAGCCAAAGAACAGGAAAAGAAGACAAAAGAAACGAGCGGCGCAUCCAUGCCCGUAAGUCAUGUGGUCCGCGGAGCCAACAGUUCCGAGGUUCUCGCGUUGAUGGCAGACGAGAGCUUGCCGGUUGUUCUCCUUCUGUGUGAUGUUGCGAAUAAAGUGAGAGAGGUAGUCCCAACGCGAUGGGGUACGCCUUGGGAACGAACAAUGCCAUCCCUUAUAAAGAACGGAGAACUGUUCAGACACUGGAACGAUAGGAUUUCGUGGUGGAGGGCGCAGGCCGUUCGAUACCUCCUCCGUCAGCCCAGCGAGUACUUUUGCCAAGUGAUCAACCACGUUCGAAACCAGGCAUUCGGGGAGCUUGUCGCGAGAGAGAUGAUUGCGUCGGCGCAGCGUCUGCAAAACGACUCGCUCUAUUCUAUAAAGGUGAGGGAUAUUGCUGCCCGACCUGUUGACUGGCGUCAUGUCAACAUCUCCGAGGAUGACGAGAGGAGGGCAUGUCGUACUGGCCUCCUCGCUGCACGUCGUCGUAGUUUCGCGAAACUCUAUGUUCCUCGCCCCUUGGUUAGCAUCAUCGUGCGGUCGGGAGUCGAUAAAAGCAGGGAGAUGAGACUCUUUAGUCUCCCAGCGUUCAUGCGGAUCGCCGAGCAUAUCCGCCAGUACGAUCCCGAUACAAAGCACGUCUGGCUGACGUCUGACGUGGAGGUAGCUAUCAAGCAGGCACCUUCAUUUGGUUCCUGGCAGUUCUACUUCACGCGGCAGCAUAGGAUCGGAGAGGACGAGGAGGACUGGAAGUUAGAGAUGCAACAAGGGGCGUUCUGGGGCAAAGAGGACGCUCUCCCCGACUUCACGGUAGUUGAGAAAUCUCUGGUCAAUCUCAUUAUCUCGUCGGAAUGCGACUACUUUGUCGGUAGUUUAGGCUCGAACUGGGGUAGGCUGGUUAACGAGAUGCGGAUGACAAAUGGGCGUUUCUUCCGAAAAUUCAUUGCCGUCAACUACGCCAUGUGGUAGGCGGUCCAAUCCCUCUCUCUGACUUCUUCAAUUUUUUUUAUUUUAUUUUUUUAAUUCCUCAAUUUUUUUCUGAUUCAUGUUGCGAGCGCCCUGCCACCGCUCUACGGUAGCUCCAGAGUCUCAAGUGAGUCAAGUCUCUGCUCUUUCUUUUUUCUUUGGCGGGGGAAGUCUGCCCUUUCUUCUGUCAAGGUUCCCCGUAUUGAUUGGCAGUGCUACCUUCUCUCUCUCUCUCUCUCUCUCUCUCUCUCUCUCUCUCUCUCUCUCUCUCUCUCUCAGGUGUGAGGGCCCCAAUCACUCCCCAAUGUGAUAAAACGACGAUUACACAAAAUACACGCCACGCCAAAGACACACACCUCUUCAACUUGGCACCACAGCUGCCAGAUACAUUCCUCCCGUUCUCUUUUUUUUUUUUUUUUUUUUUUUUUUUUUUUUUUUUUUUUUCAGGUUGUCUAUUAUGUUGAUGAUAAAACUCAUUAACAAUC